AAAAUUUUAAAUUCAAUUAAAAAAAUUAAAAAUAAAGUUUUAAGUGAGUUUAUGUAGUUAAAAAAUUUCUUGUAACAUCUUUUGAAGUAAAAAUAUGAAAUGUUUUUGAAAAGUUAGUGUUGUGCGGAAAUUUUCUUUGUAGAGUGCAUGAAAUUCAAUUAUUUAAAGUUAAAACUUUUUUGUGCAAAGAGAAAUUUCGAAAAUAAAUAAAUAUAUAAAUUCCAAAUAAAAAAAAAAAAAAAUUAAAAAUAAAAAAUACAAUAACGAAACAAGUGAUUUGUUGAAUGUGUGUGUAUACGUUAGAUAUUAAAGUUCACAUCAAAAUUUUUACUAUAAAUAUUACACAAUUUUUUUAAAUUAUAAAAAAAAAAAAAUCAGAAAAUUGUUAUUAUAAAUUUUGAUAAUUUGUUUUUGUUACUCGUAUAUUCAUUCCUCUAUAGAUAAUAUAGAUUUUUAAAUUAAUUAACAAUUUAAUAAUAAUCAAUAGCUAACAUUUUGAUAUUUUAGUCAUAUUUCAAUAAUAUUAUUGCAAAUUAAAAAUAGUAAAGAAAAUACCAAAAUGGCACCAAAUACACAACAACAACAAUUAAAUAAUAAUAAUAACAAUAAUAAUAAUAAUGAUAAUAAUAACGAUAAUAAUGUUAUAAGUAAUGGAACAUUUACUCAACAUUUAUUAGAAGAUGAUAAUAAAACAAUAUUUAAUAAUAAUCAACAGAAGCAAUCUAAUGAGGAACAAGAUUGGUUCGUUUCAAUUAUAUAUGCAAUAUUUGAUGUUAUAUGGUUUAUAAUUGUAUCAAUCGGCUAUAUAAUACAGGAUAUUUAUUAUUUGACAUGUGGUUAUCCAGAAAAAGAUUUAUUAAAUGAAAUUGCUUUGGUUACGGGAGGAGGAAGUGGUUUGGGUCGUCUUGUUGCACAACGUUUAAGCCAAAUGGGUACAAAAGUUGUUAUAUGGGACAUUAAUUCUGAAGGAAUCAAAGAAACUACAGAGAUAAUACAAAGUAUGGGCGGCUAUUGUAAAGGAUAUCGUGUAGAUAUAUCAAAGAAAGAUGAAGUUUAUAAAGCUGCCGAUAUUGUUCGUAAAGAAGUUGGUGAUGUUUCAUUAUUGGUUAAUAAUGCUGGAGUUGUAUCAGGAAGUUUAUUAUUAGAAACACCAGAUCAUCUUAUUGAAAGAUCAUUUAAUGUUAAUAUUAUGGCACAUUUUUGGACAUCAAAAGCAUUUUUACCACAAAUGAUUGAAAAAGAUCAUGGACAUAUUGUUACAAUUGCAUCAUUAGCUGGUCAUAUUGGAAUAUCAAAAUUAGUUGAUUAUUGUGCUAGUAAAUUUGCAGCUGUUGGAUUUGAUGAAGCCUUACGUUUAGAACUAGAUGUUCUUGGACAUCAUGGUGUUCAAACAACUUGUAUUUGCCCAUAUUUUAUUCAACAAACCGGAAUGUUCGAUGAUGUUAAUGCAAGAUGGGUACCAAUUUUAAAUCCAAAUGAUGUUGCUGAUAGAAUUGUUCGUGCAAUUCGUACAAAUGAAAAAUGUGCUGUGAUUCCAGGAUACAUUAAAAUUUUAUUAUCACUUAAAUGGACAUUCCCAUGGGGUUGUAAUGCUGGUUUCUUACGUCGUUUAGUAGUUGAUGCAUCACCACAUCAACAACCAUCAUCAAUGAAUAAAAUUGAACAUAAUAAAACAAAUGGAAUACAUAAAAUAUUAGCAAAUAAUGAUGUAGAAAAACAUGAUCUCAUAAAUUCAGAUUUCUCAGAAGAUAAACCAACAUCAAUUUUAAUAAAACGAUCACCAUCAUUAGGUGAACGUGUACUUUAGUUUCUUAUACAUAUAAAUUCUCUUUUAUUUCCCCUUAUCUUUCUAUAUUUUCCUUCAUGUAAAUAUUAUAAAUUUAUUUUUUUUUUAUUAUUAUAUUAUAUUUUAUUAUAUUUAAUAAAAAAAAGUUAUACUUUAGAUUUAGUAAUUUAAAAAUUAUAGAUUUAAACAGAAUUUUAGUUAAGUACCUGUUAAAUAAAGAAAAAAAAAAAACAAAAAAAUAAAAAUCUAUUUGUAUUAAAAUAAUAAAGAAAAAAACAAAAAAAAAAAUGCUAUAAAAUUUAAAAGAAAAAGUAAAAAAAUCAAGAGAAUCAGAAAUGGUUUCUCCAACAAAUAUGCAAUUUUUUAUAUAGUUAAGAAAUUUCAUACAUUCAUAUGAAAAAAUUAAGUGAUUUGUAUGUAAACAUUAAAAUUCUUAAUAUGUAUAUGAAAUUAAACAUUUAGUUCAUUCUUAUAAUUUACUUAUAUAUUAUUAUUAUAUAAUAAGUAUAAAAUGUAUGUGUUUUAUAUAGAUAGCAUUCCGUAUUGUAAAAUAACCGCCAAAUUUUGACGAUGCAUUACGCUUUUUCGUAUGCAUUGACUUUGAUAUAAGAAAUUAAAUACGAUAGGCUGGAAAUUUUAAAGAUGGAUGGUAUUAAUACUUAUAAUGUUUUUACAAAAUUUGUAUUCCGAAAUAUAAAAAACAGAAUUUGUUUGGUUUUGUUUGACAAUGCAGUGCCAUUGUCUCUAUUUUUCGAUUUAGGCACGGUUUAAAGGCAGUUUCAUAACUUUUGACAAUACGGAAUACUAUACCAUACUUUUACGAUAAUAUUAUUAUAACAAGCCUUAAAAGAUUUUUCGGAAGAGGUUACUACCUAACACACUCUUUUUUAUAACACUAUAUUAAAAUUAAAAAUUCUAAAUUAUAUAAUUAUAAUUUCUAUACAUGUAUAUGUAUAGAAAAAUUUUCAUUAACAAAUGACAGACAUUAAUUUCCAAGUAAAUACCAUUAAACAUUGAAAAUAAAUUUUUACAAAAUAAAAAUUACUAUCUUCAUAUUACUUGUAUUAUAAUUUUAUUUUAAGCAGAAAAAAAAAAACAAAAAUAAAAUUAUUUAAUAAAAAUUAAUUAAUUUUUAUUUUUAAUUUUAGAUAUUUUUGAAAAUAAUCUGAUAUUUCUAGUUCAAUAUCUUAUAAUUAUUAGGUGUAACUACAAUUUAAAAAAAAUAAAACUAAAAUUAAAAGCACAUUUUUUUUGUCAAUUUUUAUCGAAAUGUGCUAAAUAUAAAACUUUAAAUUACAUCACAACAUCGUUUUGAAUAAAUAUGGUACAAGAAAAAUUAAAACUAUAAAAAAAAAAUGUUUUUUUCUUAAAUUAUUAAAUUUUUAUUGCUAUUGUUAAAAUAUGUAAAAUUUAAUUUUAAUUAUUGAAAAAUGUUUUACAUAUUUAUUUACGCUUUUAAAACAAAUUUAAACUAUUCUUUUUGUAAAAAAAAAUUUAAGUAAAAAACUUUAAAUGUUAAAAUUACGCUCUCAAAUUUUAUAUUCCGUCGUGUUUUAAUAUUUUUACACCAAUUUUUAAACAAACAUGUGAGCUUGCUUCUGCUUUAAUAUUUAAAAAUUUUUAACAAUAAAUUAAAAUUAUUAAUAAUUUAAUGCAAUUCUUUUGAUCGGUGAAGCGAAUGAUUUGGUGAAUCAAAUGAACUCGGCGAAUAAAAUGGCAUUUCAAACUAUGAUUGGCGAAUGAUUUUGUUCCAAAACAUUCCUAGCUAAAUAUGUAAAAAUUGACAUUCGCCAAAAACGUCAUUCUCAUCACCAAUCAUAAUGAGGGUAUAUAAAAUGUUUUUUUUUCGAGUUUUUUUCCUUCUUUUAAAUACCUUUUUAUAUAAAUUUGAUUAAAAUAAUAAAAAUACACCGGGUUAACAUUGGAAAAUUUAUGUAACAAAAUUAAUAAAAAAAAAAAAAUAAAAUAUAAUUAUAAUAUAGAAAAUAGAGUGAUUAAAAAUCUGUGUUUUUUAUAAUUAAAAAUAGUUUAGUAUAGCAAAACAUAUUUCCAUAAUUAUUCUGAGAAAAAAAAAACAAAAAUUAAAAUUUUUAUUUUAUAUUAAUUACUUUACAUAAUUUCAGAAUGAAUUAAAAAAUUUGCGCAAUAUUACAUACAUAUAUAACUUAUAGCAGCUAUAGAUAUAAAAAUAUUAAAUAAAUUCCUUCUAUUAUAUUGUGCCUAAAUUCUAUUUAAUUAUAUAAAAUAAUAUAUUAAUUAUAAUUAACACAUUUUUUAUAUAUAAUAUUAUAAACAUUAUUAUUAUUAUUAUAGAAUUUUA